UCUCACCUUCAGCUGUUGAUUUACACUUAUACUGUUUAUACUUAUACUAACUAACUAUACCGCCUGUAGCUGAAAGGCUGGACAGGCCUCCUGGCACUUGUUUUGUUAUUCGUUUGCCUCGAAUCGUCUCACUGUUUCUUGCCUUGUUGACGCUCGCACCAUUUCUGCUCGGGUUGCAGAGCGCGCGUGCGAAACUCAUCCAGCCUUUCGCGACUUGGUUUUUGGCGUCUUACUGAAGCACAUGUAGCCUACAGAGCUCGACAACAUCCUUGCCCAGCCAUGCCAUGGGGAGAGACGGGACUUUAUGAGAUCUGUGUCAACCCGUCAUUUCUUUCCUCCUACCCAUCUCUCUUUUCUUGACCUCCUGUAUGUUGUUUAUUUUAUGAUGUUAUGAGAUCAAGCUUGGUGCUUUCUGUACUUGGGUCGCCAUGCCUCCAAAAUCCACAAAGUCUACACAGUCACAGCGCGCGCGCGAUGUCAAUCUGAAAGACGCUAUAGAUUCUAUCGAGUCUUCUGGUGCACAAGAUCGACUCAAUGCUUUAGACAACCUCGUCUAUCUCUUCGGCACCCGUGCCAAACUUCAUGAGUCUCAUGAAUUCAAAGACAAGGACUACCACAGAACGUUGGAGGCACUCUUUCGGUGCGCCAUUUCGGAGAAAACCAGUUACUACAAGCCCAAGAAGGGAUCGACAGCUUCUGCCGCGAGAUUAUCCAAGUGUGCCGAAGCCCUCCGAGUUGUGCUUGAGCAUGGAGCAAACAAGCUCAAGCGCAAGACCUUGAUGGCUGUGAUUGACCACAUCACUCAGACUCUGCCGGCCGCCGAAGAUGACUAUGUUCAGCCUCUUCUGUUGGAGUACGUUAAAGCGCUUCUGGCUCUGCUCUCCCACGCCGCUGUUGUAGAAUCCCUGGCAACCCUCGAAGCGGCCAUCUGGCUCGACUGCAUGGACUUCGUCCUUCAGAUCGUUGAUUGGCAUCUGAAAUCGAAUUCUGGAGGCUUAACAUCCUCUCGUGGUUCGCCAGCUCCAGGUACACCCCAGACAUAUUCAGUUCCCGCGUCGACCUUUAGAUCGACCGCAACAUCCUCUUCGCAGCGCGCCAGCCCUGGCAUACACCAGUCUGUCCUCCAUAAUCUACUCGAGUGCAUUCAGCGCCUUGUAUCUGCUUCAAACGCCCCUGUAUUGCGGCGCUCCCAGAAUGUCACGAGCACCGUUUUGCAAUGCAUGCAACCUCGCUCAUUGGGAAUAUCAUCGGUUCUGCAAGUUGGGUUUUCUGUUCUGAAUGGCAUCGUGCAAACCACCCAGACAGAAGACACCAGGUUUACCAACAGACUCGCAAGCGAUAUUCUUCCGUUGAUUCGGCACUCCUGGCAGGCAAAGACGACAUCGCAGGAAAAUGCCCUUCUCAAUGGUAUUCAAGUCGAGGCUCUAAAAUUGCUUUUUAAUUUGCAUCUGAACAUUGAACAUCUUGUCCAGCAGGGUGAGCCUUUGCUAAUCGCGGAGUUGGAAGAACUCUGUGACAUGCUCUGGACCGAGUACUCCCAACGAGAGGGCCGCAAUCAAUUACAACAAGAGGACCUUACUUAUUCGACUGUCCCUCAACAUCCCCAUGCAUUUACCGUCCCCAUCUUUGCUCUACGUCCCCAUAAUGUAGAGGCAGAAAGAAAAUGGGCAGUGGUACAUAUUCUCGCUCUGUUUGAGGCAAUGAUCUGGAAACGAUCACAGUCUCAACAGGAUGCUCCCGAGGAUUCCGAAAAGCAUCCACGGAAAAGACGGAAGAUUGCCGCUGGUUCCAGCAGACUGCGCCAGAAGCUUCAGAUGUCCCAAGACAGUUUUCGGAUAACGGCUUUACAGCUCAUCCCAUUCUUCGUCUCAUAUGUCCAGAUGUCCUCCGACGACGUUGUCGAGACUCUGUCAGAACUCGUGGUCUUCGUUAGCCACAAAAACUCAAGACUUUCUGUCUGGGCUAUGAUUGCCAGUGCUAGUCUUGCCCACACCACUGUCUCUACAAACAGCGCAUUACUUCCCAUCUGGAAGCAGCUUUGGUACAUUGCGGCCCGGAACUUAAGUAUAUCAGCCGAUUCUCGCGCCUCAAGUGUGUUGUUGAACGCUAUCUUGUCACAAGAAAUCCUGUCUUACCAUGAGAUAUCGGACGACAUCAACAACAUGAUUACUGCGGCCGACGUGAGCGGACCCGCCGCCGUGGUGGACUCAUCCAUCAUUCUCAUGACGAAAUUGUUACAGCUCAGGAACUACAGGCUCCCAAGCGCCAGCCAUGCUACCUCCAGUCACGUAGUACGAUGGUUGUUCCUGAGAUGGGAUCCCGCUGAUCCGCUUUUCGUAUCGACCUCCUCGCUGCAUGUAGCCCCACUAGACAUAAUCAAUCUGCUUCGUGCCGCUUACGGACUACCUAAUAUGCUUUUAUCGGGCAAGCCGCAACUUAUCAAAGGCCCCAUUGGUGAGACUUGGAGUAUGCUUCAGGAGCGAAUGGAGAUGUUACGUUAUCUACUUCUUCUCGAAGACGAUGUACCCACCCUGGCAAGGUCGCUAAACGACGCAUCUUUCCAGUCAGUUUCCCAAAAUGCUGAAACUGCUGAUUCACAGGCGGUAAGAAAAUUGGUAGCUGAACUGCUGCAUCCCAAGACCGAGGAACUGCAAGCAUUGUGCCAGAGCUGGACCAAACGUGGAGAAGGCUCAACUCAAAUCACCAUUGACAAAUUCCGAAGCCUUAUCGACUGUCUUGUUGUAACAGCAUUCAAUCUGGUCUACCUCAACGAUUUGAAGUCCAGACAUUCGCAGGAGCUUGAUAUUACGGCGAUACAUUUGCUGAAAGAUGCGGUCAAUGUUGCCUCUGCGACGUCGGAAGGCCAAAAUUUCAUGGAGACUGCCUUGCGGACGGUUCGCCCGUACCUACCUUCUUGCUCAACAGAAGCCCUGGGCAACUUGUAUCAGAAUCAUCCGCAGGUUCUCUUGUUUUUUUCGGAGCUGUCUGGAGAGUUCCGUGACAGACAAUCUCAACUUUCCUUGUCAAUUCGAGACGAUCUGAUGGACCUUGACGAAGAAUUUGGAUCGCAGGAAAGCCACUCAAGCACGAUGCUCAAGACCAACGAUGUUUCACGUCGAGACGCACAAUUGCUCGACUCGGAGGCUUUUUACUGUGAUACAGCGCAGAGACUAAACUUUCUGAGUGUCGUACAUCGAGAUCCUGGGCAGAUCGGCCUGAUUCCACCUCGCUUCCUGGAGGACUUUCUCGCGUUGUCCGAUGAAGAAUUUCUGUCCUGCCGUCUUUUGAAUAAGGAACUGUUUACUGGCGAUUUGAUCAUCAAUCAAGAUGACGCCACCAGGGUCACAGAGCGACACGCGAUAUUGAUCAGUUCAACCAACUACUGCAACUGCGAAGUCGCUUUACAUGCCUGCAUCGAUAUCGUUGAGGGUUUCAUUAACAUCUGGUCAGACGAGAGAAGCGAGCUAUCCCAUGUGGUUUGUGAUCUUUAUGAGCAUUUUAUCGAAAAGGCGCUCCCCAACAAUGUAAUGUCGCCUCGGACCCAGAUAGCCCUUGCUCGGCUCCUGUUUCGCCUCACCGAGAUCAACGAGAAGUUUCCUGAGAGCAUCAAACUACCUACAACCAUCAAAUCGUUGUUCAAUAUGCUUUCGGACGGCAACAUUAUCAUCAAGUUUUUCAUCGGAAAGAACAUGUACCGCGUGUUCUAUCGGUUUGUUUUGAAAACGCACGAUCAGUACUGCGUCGAUGUCGUCGACUGUCUGCCGAUGAACUCUGAAGUACCCGAGGGUAUAUCAAUACGCUUGUACGUUUUGAGCCAGCUUGCCAAGCACUGGGCGACUGUCCUUCGAAGAUGCGUUUAUCACAUAUUCGAGACACCAGGUACACUCCUUGAAGCUACGCGGCAUGCAACAUACUGUCUAAAAACUAUUGCGGCCAGCUUGAAGUUGGAAAAUGCCCAGGAGCUCUUUGACCUCUACGCACCACAACUCUUGUACACUUGGCUUAACUCUGAUACGAUCGAGAACAUUCCAUUCGGGAUUUUCGGCUUUGACACCCUUGACGACCUUUUGAGAAGAGCACAGCCUGAAGCAGCAGCUAUCAUGAUGAUGCGUGGGCAGGAUGCCGACUUUGCGACUUUCGCUGGAAUGCUUGGCCUGAAACCUGCGGAACUCACCAAAAGCUGUUUUUCGAAACUGUUGGCUUAUAGCAUGGCCUACGAUAUUAGCACACCAAAGUCGGAACAGCAGCACGCCAGCGGAGAAAGCCGUAUACGAAAGCUGAUGGGUCGUGAGGAGUUCCUCAAUCAUGUCUAUAUUGAAUUUGCAGAUAUCAUUGGCAUAUUUUUCGGGUUGAUCGACCAGGAAGACCCAGUCGAGAAGUCUUGGGUUAAGGACGAAAACUUCGCCGCAGCAGCUGCGUUGAUGGAUGAAAUCAGAGACCUUGGACACUCCGACGUUGAGUUGUCGGGCAAUCAGCAGCCUUCCUUCCGGGCCAAGUAUUUAACCCGCGAGGUGUCCCUUUUGUGCAGUCGCACAGAAUACGGAAUUAAGGAGGUAUUCACACCACCACUCGUCGUGGCCGUAGCAAGAAGGCUGUUCAACACCAUCCACCCAGCUUUAGGGCCAUUGCAUGCAUGCUCCGUCAUUCGUAAAGUAAGAGUCCUGAUAUGUCUCGCAGGAAGGCAUGCGUACGAGUCUUACACGCUUGAGAUGUUGUUACAUUCGAUUCAACCGUACUUGACUGACCUAGAGUGUGCGGACGAUGCUCUGGGGAUCAGUCAAUACUUAUUGACACGCGGCGCUCCUUGUCUGUCCCGCGCGCCAUCGUUCAUGGCUGGAUAUGCGCUCUCCACACUGGCCUCACUUCGAGUGUUCCUCGAGUCAAGUCAGGCAAGCACCACUCAAGAGAGUCAAUUCAAGGCGACCAUGAGCAAGGCACAGAAAUUUCAUGGUUGGCUCAGUCAGUACCUUGAGAAGUACCAAUCCCCACUACUGCGAAACGAGCAGCAACAGAACUCUUUCAAGUCCAUUGCACAGUCUGCCGCGAGUGUACGAACCUCGGGCAAUGCAGAACGCGGAACACACGAGAGUAAUUUGCUAUUGGAAAUUCUCCGAGAUGAGGAUCGUGACUACCAGCUGUUGAACAAACCUUCACGUCAAGCAGCACUGAGAAUAUUGGCUAAAGAUUUCAGAAUACCUGCCCAUCCCCAUCAGGAUGCUGUCGACUCUGACAAAAAGGCACUGGAGCUAGCAACUGCUGUCUGGAGGACAACGCAUACGCAACCAGAAGGUGAUGAAUACCAGACCUAUCGGACUUGGGCAGGUCGUGUCAUUGGAAGGAGUUUCGCCGCAUCUGGCCGCAUUGACCAGAGUUUACUCCAAGAGUCUAACCUGUCCAAAUACCUGAAACCCUCGCAAAGCACCACAAGCUCAGAACAAGGAUUGAUCUCGUUGCUGGCUUCUUUGACGGCCGGUGUAGACUGCUUCACAGCAGGGCUCGCGGAAUCAGCGCUGCGAGGCAUUAUUUCUGAGGCUGCUUCCCAAGAGGAUAAUAGUCUCCUGGAAGCCUGCCGGAAUGUGCUAUCCGAACAGUUGUUGUUGACCUCCAAUUGGGGUGUAUAUCAGACACCUCCGUCAGACGAGCUACCAGUAGACGCUGUUCCCGAGCCAAUAGCAUUCGCAGCAGAAGCGCUUGAGAACGCAUCGUGGGCACAGCAGCUUGCGAUCCACCUCUCCCAGUCCGUAAAAGGCCAUCUUAUCCUCGCUGCCCUACCUCAGGUCUUGUUCCAUGUUAAAGGCUUUGCUGAAAAUGCGUUCCCUUUCAUUGUUCACCUCGUGCUGCUGUUUGAACGCGACAAGCAACAAUCUGCAAAGAAGAAUAUCUCAACAGCCCUCAAGUCAUGGCUCAAGGCAUCCGCUCCAGAUGUCAAAGAUCGGCUCGGACUUCUUAUCAAUGCAAUUCUCUACCUCAAGGCUCAGAAACUGCCUGGAGAACAUUCCAUCGCUGAUCGGUCUCAGUGGCUCGACAUCGAUCUAUCCAUGGCUGCUUCCGCUGCUACUCGAUGCGGCAUGCACAAAACAGCGUUGCUUUUGAUUGAGUCAUGUACGGCUGAACGAUCGCGUGGGUCUCGUCGCUCUUCUGCUAUUCAUUUUCAGGAAUCCACGGAUAUGCUUUUGGAGAUAUUUGAGAACAUUGAUGAUCCGGACGCUUACUACGGCCUACAAGACAGCGCAAGCCUCGGUAGUAUAUUGGCGAGACUCGAGUACGAAAAGAACGGCGCGAAAAGUCUCGCCUUUCGAGGUGCCCAGUUCGAUAGCCAUCUACGAACACGAGAUCCAGCGAUAAGAAAAGACGAGAACCACCUUGUCGGGACACUCAGCACCUUGGGACUAUCGGGUCUAUCGCACUCGCUUCUUCAGGCUCAACAAAACCAUGACGGUACCAUUGCGGCUGUCGAGGCAACAUUCACAAAUGCCAGAAGGUUGGAAAUUUGGGAUUUGCCCGUGCCAGCCUCGACGGGAAGCCCCUCGGUCGCUUUGUACAAAGCUUACCAAGGCUGUAACCAGUCCACCACCACGGCGGGGUUCCAGAAGGCAAUCCAUGCAGGUUUCAAUCAAGUCAUGCAGAAUAUCAUCCAACACGACACCAGCACGGCUGACGUAAGGCGUAAUCUUGGUGCACUAGCCGCCCUGACCGAGCUUGACGAUGCGCUCGCCGUGGAAACUUCUGCAGAGCUCAACCAAGUUUUGGAGACAUUCGCCCAACGGUCGCAGUGGUUGAAAUGUGGAAGCUACUCCGAUGUCAGCCAUGUACUAUCCACUCGAGGCACAAGUAUCGGCGUGCUUGGGAAAAGCCUUCAAUCAAUCCCAAAGAGUAACCUUACUCUACGUGACACACGAUUAGGGGAAGCGCGAUCUUUACUGCUGUCCUCGGAUAUUUACAGGUUUCAUCGGGCACAUCAGGAGUCUCUGAACAUCGCCACCUCCUUGAAUGACUCCAUUGACCAGAAUCUGGAGUUAGGACUGACCAUUGAUGCAGCGGCAAAAAUGGAAGUCGCCCAUGCUUUAUGGGACCAUGGAGAAAUGAUACCCUCGAUUCGGAUGCUCCAGAGCGUCGAUAAAGAGUCCGACUUGAAAAAGCAAAGUGUUGAAGUCAGGCGAAGCGACCUGCUUGCUGAAAUUGGCCACCGAGUAUCGGUUGCGCGGCUCGAGAAGCCUGACAGCAUCCAACGGAAUUACUUACAGCCCGCCCUCAAGGAGCUCAAGGGCAAGACAGAUGGCCAAGAAGCUGGUAAAGUUUAUCAUCAAUUCGCCAUGUUCUGUGAUGAACAACUCCAAAACCCGGAUGGUUUGGAGGAUCUCAAUCGCCUUCAACAUCUGAAGCAAGGGAAGAACGACGAAGUAUUACAGCUACAACAGCUUGUGAGAAGCGCCAAGGACUCUCAAACCAAGGGCCGAUACCAGAACCAUCUGUCCAAGGCUAAACAAUGGCUCGAUCUUGAUGAUCAGGAGCUCCGUCGCGUCGAGCAGAGUCGUGGCGAGUUUGUCCGACUUAGCCUGGAAAACUAUCUUUUGUCCCUCACCGCCUCUGACGAACACAACAACGACGCAUUGCGAUUCACUGCGCUUUGGCUCGAGCGCUCGGAUGAAGAUUUUACCAGUGAGACUGUGAAGAAGUACAUCGACAAAGUUCCAACCCGCAAGUUUGCGUCACUGAUGAAUCAACUUACGUCGAGACUUGUUGACCGCUCGCAACUAUUCCAGAAGCUCCUUUUUGAUCUCGUAUAUCGUAUCUGUCUUGAACAUCCUUACCACGGUAUGUACCAAGUGUGGUCGGGUACGAAGUCAAGGACGAACAGCAAAGAUGAGGUUGCUGUCCUCCGUCAAAAGGCUACGGAAAAGGUCGCCAAGAAACUUGCCCAAAACGAGGCUGUCGUCACUAUAUGGCGAUCAAUCGACAAGACGAACAAAGCAUAUCAUGGACUCGCCAUUGAUCGAAACGAUGCACGCUACAAGGCAGGACAGAAAAUUCCCAUCAAGGAUUGUCCAGCCGGAGCAUCGUUAGUCGCAGCACUUGCACAGUACCGAAUUCCCCCACCCACCCUUCAGGUCGAGCUGUCACCUGACCGAGACUAUUCUCGAGUCCCGCACGUCAUGAAAGUCGACUCUUCAAUGUCUAUAGCGUCUGGCGUCAGCGCCCCGAAGAUCAUCACCCUUGUGGGCAGUGAUGGCAAGCGGUAUAGACAAUUAGUCAAGGGUGGCAGUGACGACCUACGUCAAGAUGCUAUCAUGGAGCAGGUUUUUGCAGCUGCCUCGUCAGUUUUGAAGCUCCAUCGAUCGACACAGCAGCGAAAUCUAGGAAUCCGAACUUACAAGGUGCUUCCUUUGACAGCUUCAUCUGGACUAAUUGAGUUCGUCCCCAACACGAUUCCAUUGCAUGAAUAUCUGAUGCCUGCGCAUGAGCGCUUUCAUCCAAAAGACCUCAAGGGCUCAAGUUGUCGUAAGGAGAUUUCUCAAGUCCAGAGCAAGUCCAUCGAGACGCGGCUGGCCACCUACAAGAGGGUGACGGAAAAGUUCCAGCCUGUCAUGCGAUACUUCUUCAUGGAGUAUUUCGUAGACCCGGACGAAUGGUAUGCCAAACGAACCAAUUAUACCCGUACCACAGCUGCGAUCUCGAUUCUAGGCCAUGUUCUCGGUCUUGGCGAUCGGCACGGCCACAAUAUUCUUCUGGACUCGGCCACAGGUGAGGUCGUUCACAUCGAUCUUGGCGUGGCCUUUGAGAUGGGUCGUGUACUGCCCGUCCCUGAACUUGUUCCAUUCCGCCUGACCCGAGAUAUCGUGGACGGCAUGGGCGUCACGAAGACCGAAGGUGUCUUCCGCCGCUGCUGCGAGUUCACCCUGGAUGCACUGCGUGAGGAGACAUACUCUAUUAUGACUAUUCUGGACGUAUUGCGAUACGAUCCUCUAUACUCGUGGUCCAUCAGCCCUGUGCGAAUGGCUAAGCUACAAGAUACCAGACGCGACGAAGAUGCUGGAGAUGACGCCACAGCCGAGAGCGUGAUCGACUUGAAGAAGAAGGGUCCUGGCGGCCUGGUCAAUGAGCCAAGCGAGGCAGACAGAGCUCUUGAGGUGGUGAGAAAGAAGUUAAGCAAGACGUUAAGUGUCACGGCGACUGUCAAUGAUCUUAUCAAUCAGGCAGUGGAUGAGAGGAAUCUGGCCGUGCUUUACUCUGGUUGGGCUGCGUAUGCGUAGGUACAGGGAGUCGCGCGAGUAUAUACUAUACUUAUCAAAAUUCUGGCCUGCAGGUGGAAGAGGUGGAUUGAAGAGUACAAUACCGAGAGCUCUUCGCUCAUACAGCUCCAUACACAUAAUAGAGAUCAUAUAG